GAUGUUGACGAGUGCGCCCGCGGUACUCACAACUGUCACAGUUCACGUGCUUCAUGUGCAAACACGGUUGAUUCCUUCAGUUGUUCAUGCAAUUAUCCUUACUUCGGAGAUGGCAGAACUUGCAAUAUCGCAAACGGUAAGUCACUAAAUAAUUAGGAAGUUAAGUUGUUUACUUCAUUUGCUAGAUCGCUUCCAUACUCUUGUUAGAUAAUGUGCGUUACUCCAUACUCGAUCGAAUUUUUUUCACAAUCUGAUUGUGAAAUAUGUGCCUUCAAUACAAUGAUUAGUAUUGACAGUAUUGUAUAAAACGCGGAAUCUUGUAAUUUAGUGAAGAGAUAACUGACUUAGAAGUUAAAAGAUCCACCCUUCUCCCCUUCCUUUAUAAAACGGCGCCCUAAAUGCAGUGUGCUAUGACUUAAGCUAGUGAACUCCACCUUUAUUUUUGACCAAGAUGAAUUAACCUUAAAGUACGGCAGUCUACUUUUCAAAACUUUAUUCUUGAUGUUAUAUGUAUGGGAAUUUCUUCUCUGGGAUUGCAACGUUAGACGACAACGACUGACUUUUCAGAGACUAUUUAGCUAUGAAAACGCUGCUUCAGUUGUUCGACAAAAACGUUGUGUUUUCUUCGCGAUUUAUUCAAAUGAAAGUAAUAGCGUCCUUUUCUUUGUUUGGUUUUUAGUUUUUCUUUUUUUUUGUUUUUUUUUUUUUGUUUUUGUUUUGGCGCAAUAUCACUUUUAAUUAGCGUUCAAAUAUCUUUUUGGAAAGUGACACAAAAGGACGCUGCUUACUUCUAUUUAAAUACGGGACCAACCAUAAUGAUAAUGAUAAUGCAUUUAUAUAGCGCCAUGAGCACUAUUUGCUCAUGGCGCUUAUUUUUUAUAAUAAGAAGUACAGCUGGAAGUAUUUACAAAAGUAUAAAAGUAUAAACAAUUAAAAAGUUUCAAGGUUAAUAUGUAGAGAAAAAAUAGUAAUAACAAUUACAAGUUAAAAGCCAUUUUAAAAAGGUAAAUUUUUAAUGUGUUUCGAUACAGUUUUUCGGAGACCAUACAAUCGCCUUAAAAGUGAUUUUGUCCUUGUCCGAUCACUACAAACUUUUCACCAGUGAUUAACUAUGAAUUGAAGUUUGCGAUAAUGUAGUUUUUAGUAAAAUCGACAUCACUAUGAUAACAAUAAACAAAAAACUUUGAAAUCGAUAAAAUUCGAAUUUUGCGCGAUCUAGACCUGCCACUGAAAAUCCGACACCAGGAACUUAUUCAGUGUGGUGUUUAGCAAGUAACCUCCGUGGGAAGUAAAAAAUUCUGUAUGUUUGAAUUCAAAUAAAAUGCAAAUAUAUAUCAAACCUUACAUUUUCAAUAGCCGUGAUAAAUUGUUUUAUAAAAAAGUUCUAAAUAACUCAAAUUAAUCUUAAGUAGCGUCAGAUGGCUGUUAAACAUCAUAUUUUCAUGCUAGGAAAUAUUGGUGUAUUUUCUCUCUUCCGAUCCUGAAAACUAACCUGUUCGUUGACCUCCUGUCUAGGUGUAACUUUACCCUAGAUUUGGCUUUUUGCGCUUUUCUGAAUAUCUCUAAAACGGCUCGACAAAGAGGCGAAACCAAAGGCCCACAUCACAUACAUAGCUUAAGAAGCAGUUGCUUCAUAAACAGCAUUCAACGUCGCGGGAAACCUUGUUAUGAUCGUGAAAUUCACAUUCCAAAGCGUAUUUGGUAACUCUCGCCAAAGUCCAAGACACGCCAGCGCGUAAUGUCGCGAGGAGUCACUCGAGCUGUAUUCUAUCCUUUGAUCUGAUUGGCCAACGAAGAAACAAAAGCUUUUACGUCGCCGAUAUCGUUUUGCCGCUCGGGUUCGCAGACGUUAUUUUUCGGAGGGAGAGAAGCGACGACCGGAAAUUCGUCCGCUGUUCGCAGGCUAGGCUGAGACAGAAAGAUACGAUAUUGUCCGCUUUUCGGGAACAGGGUUUUAGGAGUCAGAGUAAUUAGGCGAGAGCAAAAUUCCUUGUGAACUUUGACCCCGUCCUAGACUUCGUUUAUUUCCGGUGUGAAAGCAGGGUCUAUAUAUGCUGGUCUGCCGACCGUGUGACUGUACAUCAGGGAACUUGAAUAAGACGUGUGUUAAGAGAAAAGUCCUGGUCCCGGUUCCUGAAAACCCGAUUAGCGCUAAUUCAGGGUUAAACAUUUUGUUCCACCUUUUGUAUCUACCUUCCUAUGCAUUGCUUAGAGUAACGUUCUAUGUUGUCAUCACUGAAUCUCGGAGCAAAAACACAGCAGUAUUUGUAAGCUCAAGUGACUUGUUCUUAGACAAUAAAACCUUGCUUGAAAUUUGAGGGUUGUCCAAUACUGUCGAUAUGAUAUAAGUGUUGUUGAGAAGGCAAAUGCAUCUCAUUAAGGGGACUUAGAAAUUUUGUUGUUUGUCAUGUUAGCAACAGACCCCGUGACUUAUGUCGUAUCUUUGCUUUAAGAACGACUCUAUACACAGUGUCUAGAGCUCUUGUUUCUUCGUGUGGCUUAUGCAAGGUCUUUGCUUAAAGAACAAUAAAUACACAGUGUGCAUCGCGCUUUUUCUUCCGCGUGGAUUAUGUAGGAUCUUUGCUUAAUUAAGGAACGAGUCAUACACAGUGUGUAGGGCGAUUGUUCCUUGAGUGGCUUAUGUCGGUUCUUUGCUAAAGAACGUUGAACACACAGUGUGCAGCGCACUUCUUCGUUCGCGUGACUUAGGUCGUAUCUUUGCUUAAAGAACGACGAAUACACAGUGUGCAGCGUGCUUGUUCUUUCGCGUGGCUUAUGUCGUAUCUUUGCUUAAAGAACGAGUCAUACAAAGUGUGUAGGCCGCUUGGUCCGUAGAGUGGCUUAUGUCGGUUCUUUGCUUAAGAACGUUGAACACACACUCUGCAGUGCGCUUCUUCCUUCGUGUGACUUACGUCAUAUCUUUGCUUAAAGAACGAUGAAUACACAAUGUGUAGGGCGCUUGUUCCUUCGAGUGGCUCAUAUCGGAUCUUUGCUUAAUUAAGGGACGAUAGAUACACAGUGUGCAGCGCGCUUGUUCUUUCGCGAGGCUUAUGUAGGAUCUUUGCUUAAAUAACGAGGCAUACACAGAGCGUAGGGCGCUUGUCCCUUCGCGUGACUUUUGUCAGAUCUUUACUUAAAGAACGAGAGAUACACAGUAUAGGGCGCUUGUUCCUCCGUGAGCGUUGCCAUCUGCGCGCCCUUCAUUUGUUGCAAAGUUGACCUUUAUCUGGUCGUUUUCCCUUUUGCUUGCCUCAUUACGACGCAGGUAUUUAAAAACUAGAUUCCAUGUUGCCUUGCUGUUCAGUAAUAGAUCACAGACGAUGCAUUUGAUUCCAAAAUUUAGUAAAAAACAAAUUAAAGAAAUGGCACACGAGCCGCAGGCGAAUGUGUCACCGGAUGACAUACAUAUACGUUUUGAGUCCCAGACGGCACUUUUGUCUGUUUUUUUCUUCCUCAGUAUAUCUUACUUGUAUAAAGUUACUUCGAAAUGUUUUUUAACGCGCCCACUUGCUCAACGAGCAGAAUAAUCGCAAACUGCGAGUCUCUGGAAAGCGGUGACACACUAUUGACAACUGUUGUGAAGAUUUCUUGCAUUUUAGGCAUUCCGAUAAGUUGUCAAGAACUCUUGUUCCCUCCGUUUCUCCAUUUCUUGGUCUUGUAAAUAGCUCAUUCUAUUUUUUUUUUCGGGGGCGGGGAAGGGGGGGCUUUCACUUGCUUACUCCGAAGUACGUAUCUAACAAACAUUUUCAGAACCGCACGCUAUGUUGAACAAAACAAAGGAAACAAGUUUCUCGUGACAACAUCUAUGUAUCUGUACUCUAAUAGAUCAUGGGCAAUGACUAAUCACACUGCCCAUAGCAUUCACAUAAACGUGUAUCGUUCAUGACCUGGACGACACAAGUCAAGGCGCAUUGACACACACACAAGCGAAUAGAAACUUAAGGUUUCUUUUGGAGAAUUCUAAGCGAAUGCUUGUAUCGCAGCAGUUUUCUUAGUAACUUCUAGUUUGUAAGGAUCAUUCGUUACGUCCCGGUUAGAUUGUGCUUAUAAUCGUUUUGUACCUAUGUGACUAAACCUGCCUUUAACAACUAUUUUAACUUCUCUCACUAUCUGGAUUUUAUUGGCGAUUAACGGCCUAAUUCAUAUAGACAUCACUGCAUGUGACUGGAGCUUUAAGAUAAUCGUAGUUUCGUGGUGUUGCGGAGAAGACAUAAAAACUAAACAAUACCCACAUCAUAAAACAAACCAGUUAAUGCGAACUUACAAUUAGUUUCCUAUCCGCAGCACCAAGAAAUACUGCUGCACCCGAGAUAGCAUAUUAUUAUAGAGUCUAGUACCCCAUAGAAAACUGCAAGAGUACGAGUUUUAGUCGCGACUUGAGCAAGCUAAGAAAACAGAAGAGGAACUGAAAUGUUUCAUACAAGGACCACAUUAUAGCUGCCAUAAACUGAUCGGAUGGAGUCAGAUCAGUGGCCAGUGUGAAAUCAAGAGCAUCACCAAAGGCCGGUUCUUCGUCCAUUUUUCACGAGAGGUAAAGAAGCUUCACUGUAAGAAAUCAGUAUCAAAAUAGAGCGUUAUAAAUCCGUUGCACAACGCGAAUAGUACUGGGGUGCAACAUACUUGAAAGGUCCAACUAGCAAAAAUCACUUUGUCGUUACACCCUUACUCACCAAAAUUGUUUAAAUGGAAGCAGGGGAGUGAGAUUGGAAGGAGUCACAAGCAUGAAAUCUUGUUUUCUCUCAAUAUUAUUUAUUCAAUAUUUCUUCGUUCCUGAUUGUCUGUCCUGCCGCUAAAUCCUCACAUCCGGCACACGCUUACCAUAUUUGGAGGUCGACGUAGGCAGUACCCAAUCGGUGGCAUGCUCCUCCUCGAUCUGCAUAAUCAGAUUCUUCACAUCAUAUUCAGCCUCAUUCAAUAAUUGUUAAAUAAAUGAACUAUUUGUGACUCAAUGAGGUUCUCAAUAGAAGAGGAAAACUUUGAACUUGUUUCCGCCAUGUUAAGGCGGGGAGUCGAAAAAUCAUCCACAUUGAUCACGUCGAGUGAACCAUUACAUUAAUCACGAUGUAUGCACUAUUACUUCAAUCCGGAGAAUUGAUUUCUCUAAUUUUGCCGAUUAACUGCGGAUGCGGUCAACUUUAACAGUCGAGACCCAACUGUUGUCUAACGAAAAGUUCGGAAAUAGAUCCUCAGAGAAUGUUCCCCUAAAUCUUAAUUUGCUAGUUAGUAUCUUUUUAUCUUUGUUAGUAUCUUUUUCUUUUCGGUAUCUUGUGUUUGGAUUUUAUUUUCAUUGAUUCACGGUAACCUUUGAAAGAAAUUCAUUUUGCUCCAUCCACUUUCCUUUCCCUUACAGUGUAUUUUAUAUUAGCAAGUUUGCCCGUUUAUCAUGCUUUUCAAUAAUGUGAAACCUCCUUUAAAACUUAUCAAUAUUCAGUAGGGGUAUCGUCCAAUGGACUUCACAAACUCAGUCACUUGGGGCGGGGCUUUUAAUUCGGUCUGAGGAAAAAUACUAGUUAAAAUGACUGAAAGAUUUGAUGUAAAUACUAUAAAUAUACAUAAAAUGUUAAAAACUUAUUCAAAAAAAUGUCGAAGUUUUUUUAACUGAGGAAUCAUUAGACUAAUCCAAUUUCACGACUGUUUAUUCAUCGAGCCAAGAAUACUAGCCUGUGAAAACAUCCGUUUCUCCUCUCUCUUCGCCGCUGUGGACGAUUUGCGCGGAGGAACGUCUACGACUCAGCGACAGAAAUUCCAUACUGAUGACGUAAAAUCUGUCCGGAUUCCGGUCAGAAGCGCUGAUUGGUCGACGGAGUAAUUACUUUGUUUUAGCUAUUGUUCACGAAUGACAGACAAGAGGCCAAAAAGGUCAAAUGUAAACGCGAAGAACCUCUCACAAACCAGUCAAUAUUUGUGGAAUAUAGUCGUCUCUAGAAUAAGCAUUUGAGUUUUACUGGAGCUUGUUGGCAGAUGGACACAACAAUUUUAAUACCAAAAUCGACCAGAAGACACGAAAAGUUGGACAAAUUUAUAUUUGGAAACCCAUGACUACUGGAUUUGUUAUGUAAACAUUGAUUUGCGUCAUCAAUAUGGAAUUUCUGUCGCUGAUUCGUUGACGUUCCUCGGCGCGAAACUUCCCCGGCGGCGAAGAGCGAGGAGAAACGGAUGUUUUCGCAGACUACAAGAAUACGUGUAAGUCGUUGAAAUGAGACGUAAACAAUUCUUACAUGUACCAGUCACUGAACGGUUUGCAAUUUCGCAAAACUUGUCAAUUCCCAUUAUGUCGCGUCGUGUCGCAUCGCAGUUAGAUGUAGUGACACUCUCUUCGAAAGCUUUUCCCUCCUGUACGAUUCAGAAUAACUGUGGAAAUUUCUAUCAUUUGGAUAACCGUUUUGCGAAGGCAGGUAGACGGUUAAGGCCUAUUUACAUGGAGGUGGGGGUCCCCAGGUUAGUGAGGUGAUCCGCUUAGGUAGGGUAACCCGCCUGUCCACCCCCACCUAUCACGUAAACUUGAUCAAAUUAAAAUGACAGAUUAUAUGGACAGGCGUGUUACCCAUCUACAGGUGAACAGGUCUUUAAACUGUGUACUGUACACGACCCGAAAUGAUCCCAGACCCCAAAUGAUCCUCGACCGCAUGUGAUCCCCAAAGUCGACCGCAAAUGAUCCCGUGAAAACUUGAGUAACGGAAUAGAUUUUAUGGGACUGAUUGCAAAAAAGGACUGAUUAUAAAAAAGGGAAGGAGGACGCUACAUCUCAGGUCGAUUUAUAGAAGGCGAAAAAAGUAGAAUAAAUCUGAAAAGGAUAUGGUAUCAACCGUAUAUACUUCUUCCUUUGCAAAUUGCUUCAAUUUUCUUUCAAGAACUGUUUCGUCGCUGAAAAUUUAAGACAGGCAGGACGUUACGCAAAAAAAACUCUAUUCAGUUUUAACGCCCAAGCUCAACUUGUCUACUGACGAAUACAAAGCCUGGCACCCUCUACAUAAUAAGAGCUUUAAUGACUUUACUGAUCUUUUUAGAAGUGUCCAAUUAAAUUUUCAAAUUUAGUUUUUUUUUUCGCUGAAGUGUUAAUUUUACGUGAAACAGCAAGACAUUGGUUCGUAACUUAGGAGUGCCCCAGGCCUGGGAGUGCCCUUUACGAAACAAGACAUGAUUUGAAAUAAACACACGUCAAAAUGCAAGUGCUAAAAUGCUUCCAGUUCAAGUCUCUAUGGAUGUAACUAGCCUAUACACAAACAUCCCAGAGGAAGAAGGAAUUACCAUUAUAUGCAAAGCAUACGAAACAUUCUAUCGAAACGAACCUCCAAUACCUAGCCAAUACCUCGAAGUGAAGUGAAGUGAAGUGUUAAUUUUAUGUGAUAAACAGCAAGACAUUGGUUCGUAACUUAGGAGUGCCCCAGGCCUGGGAGUGCCCGUUACGAAACAAGACAUGAUUUUAAAUAAACACACAUCAAAAUGCAAGUGCUAAAAUGCUUCCAGUUCAAGUCUCUAUAUGGAUGUAACUAGCCUAUACACAAACAUCCCAGAGGAAGAAGGAAUUACCAUUAUAUGCAAAGCAUACGAAACAUUCUAUCGAAAAGAACCUGAAACGCCUGAUACUCAGGCUACCUAAAGGAGAACUCUUUCAAAUUUGUUGGAAAAAAACUACCGCCAAGUACAAGGUACGGGAGCAAAAAUGGCAGUUGCAUUUGCUAACAUCUUAUGUCUGCAAUAGAGACAGAAAUUAUUAACAAAAGUCCGCUUAAGUGUGGAAGAGAUUUAUCGAUGACAUAUUCUCAUUGUGGAAUAUAUAUAGACAAAGACGAAAUAUACUCAUUCCGGCAUCGAACUAGCAAAUAACCACCACCCGAUCAUAAAAUUUACUGCUGAAGUUUCAGACAUAGAAACCGUUUUUCUGGAUACAUGUAUUUACAAAGGAGAAAGAUUUAAGACGGAAUCAAUCCUAGAUAUGCAUACACACUUCAAACCUACAGAAACUUUCCAAUACACGCAUUUCCCUUCAUGUCACCCACCCUAGGGGUUAAGAAAGGAUUUGAAAAGGCGAGGCCUUACGAUUACUCAGAACAAACUCUUCUGAGAAAACAUUCGAAGAGAAUAUAAUUAAUUUCGAAGACUCCGUAUCAGAGGUUAUACAGAUAAACUGAUAGAUAAAAACCUAUCGGAAGUCAAGCAUCACGAAAGAAUGUCGGCUUUGCAAAACAAGACAAAAACGCACAAGAAAAUACUACCGUUCGUAACAGAAUAUCGCCCCUCAGGAUCUAUGUCUAAAAAGCAUCAUCAUGAAAAAAUGGUGUAUUAUAUAAAGCCAACCGUUGCUCAGAGAAAUCUUUAAAGAUCCUCGUAUAAUAUCUUACAAAAAAAGGAAAGUCAUCACAAGAUAUACUCGUAAGAGCCAAACUAUGAAGCUAAGGUCAAAGAUACAACAACUCAGCCAAAGAGAGUCGUGUAAACACUAUGAACAAUACAAACUAUGAGGCUAAGGUCAAAGAUACAACAACUCAGCCAAAGGGAGUCGUGUAUGGCCUGUCAACAUUAUGAACAAUAUUUCUGGUAUCAGACUCGGCACAUGUGAAAUUUGAUUUUUAAACUGGGCCUAACGAGAUGCUAUUUGCACGAUUUAAACCUCCAAUUUAAACUAUAAAGUUUCUUGCAAAAUUCGUUAAAGAGGAGUUCUAAUUAUUUAAUAAAUUGUCCAAAAUUUAUAAAUACAUCAACAUUUCAAACAAUUCGAGCCAAAAUUCUUUAAUUUACUUUAUUCUAGUAACUCUAUCAUCUGCGGAAAUUAAACGUUAUCCCAUUCCAUUCCAAUAAUUCCUCGGGGAUCAUUUCAGGUGGCGUGUGAAAAAAUUUGGGCAUCAUUUGGGGUCUAGGAUCAUUUCGGGUCGUGUACAGUACUUGAAGUUGUACAAUGUAUUUGUAUAAUAGCGGAGCUCUGGCGCGCGAAGCGCGCCUGCGGAGCACCAAGGGAAAGUAAAUCUACCCAUUCCAGAGAAUUUGGUAAUCACGUGACCGUACACCGCCCGCCCGCUGCCCUCCGUCCGCACCACAGGGAAACCAAUGUUCAAUCCUACACUUUCUAGCUAGUUUGGGAGCACAGGAAGAAAGAUAUUGCACACAUAUUGCUCAUCAAUGUUGUGAUCAAUUGACAGCUGUCAAAACAGGGUCCCGCUGACCAGUAUCACCUGACCGUAUUUUUUGAAGUUCUUCGCUGACAAGUUACUAGUUUCAAAUAAUUGCAGGCUCAAGUUUAAUUUUUUCAAUUCAUAUGAAAUAUGUUGUGUUUUAUAUGUGCCGUACAAUUAAAAUUUUGAUUUCAAACUGACCUCGGAAGCUAAGAUUCAGCCAGUUUUUACAGGCGGGGAAGACAUGCCAGUUGCUUUUGACUUUUCCCACCAAGGUCACGCGUUGGUCACACUCUCCAACUCUCUCUCUCUACGUCCAAUUUUUAUGCUCUGAUUGGUCAAAAUUUGACAGGCGAGUUUAUGCGGAAAACUUAUGCAGCAUCUUGAGACUUGUUUACUUUGACAGCUGAAGCUGACAGAGUUUUGUGUCAACUUGAGAUGUUUUUAAUUGUCUUUUUCCACUGAACAUUGUACAAAUUGAAAUUCAGCUGCUAUCAAGAGUCUUCUGUUAUUCAUGGCUAGUUUGUUUAUCGGGUUUUUGGUUGAGAAAUACGUCGCUUGAGAAAGUCAGAAAUCCGAUUUCGGAUGGCAUCGUUUUCGUUUUUCACCUUGCUUAAUGCGUAAGAGGUUUGAAAAGUCUGAAGCGAUUUUGGCCAUACUUGAUAGUUUUCAUUGCAUCUCGAAUGGUAAGCCUGAGUAAUUUUUUUAUUUGAUGUUUGUUUUUUUUUUUUUAUAUCAUGGAUGUAGUUUAUGGGGCUAUUUAGUUUAUGCACGUUUGUAAGAUUUGAGACAAUGAUCUGACCGGGUAUCAGGUUUGAUUAUAAGCUUAUAGAACUUUAAAAAGCCUUCAGACAUUUUCUCACCGCAAAUAGAAAGAAAGCGUUCCAAAGAAUAUUUAGUUAUAAUUCUGGCUGUAAAAGAAAGCUUUGACCGAUUUUCUUGGCUCGAGUUCAUCUUUGAAAAAUGCAAACACCGGGAAGCCGGCUUAAAACAUAAACAAGGAUUUUCAGAGACACUUUAAUACUUGUCUUCGUGAAUGAAAAUUGUUGUCUCUGUAUAUGUUUCACCGAAUUAUUUUCCUUUUAUUGAUUGUUAGUAUCAAUUUGCAAUUUGCAAUUUUCAUCACUGUUGUGCCGUUUGUUUUCAGUCGCUCAUGAACAUAGAUUGCAGGAGUAGUCAAAAUGCCGCGUGUAUCAAACCGUUGCUUUUGAAGAUUACACAUCGUUAUAAAGCCAUUCAUUAUGUUGAAGUGUAUAACUGUGUUAAUCGUAAUUUAAACAGUCGACUUUGGCUCUUGUCAAGAGUGAGAACCGGCUCACCGUAUAGGUGAUUUUGGAAAUUUUUUUAACGGUUUCGCUAACGUGUGCUUCGAUCCUCCUGAAUAUUGAAUGAGUGCAAUUUGUAUUGCAAAAUUGUGAAAUACUGCAUUCUGUCCGAGGUCUGUAUGAUAAAAACAGCGCCUCAUGGUACUAUUUCACCUCAGAUGUGAUGUAUAAAAAGUAUAAAAGGUUGGUUUACACGUCCCCAGAAUUGUUGGCAAGAUUUUGUAAAGUAAACUUAUCGAACGCACAAAAUUCGGCCUGAGUUGUUUUCCUAAUGUACUGUGAUCAAGAACCAUUACGGCUUUGCUAUUUUUUAGGUGUACAUAUAAGGCUAUCAAGUAGAUGUAAGAUUAAUUUCACUCUUAGCUUGGACUGUUUGCAAAUUAUUUUUCUCUAAAAUUACUUAGCCUUUCCGUCAAAAGUCACAUGAAUGUGCUCUAAAGUUAACUGAUUUGUGGAAUACAAAUCUACAAUUGUUUGAUUUAAAUUAUAAAUUCGAGUUAGUAGGAGCUUCGCUUUUAGCCCUGGCUAAAUCUAUUUUAUAUACUAAAACAGUGGAUAGUGUUUUUCGCGCGCUCUGAUUGGCUACUCGAUCAGUGAAUAUCCUGCACUAUUCACUGAUUCACCUCCAGUUCCUCCGAGCGAGAGACGCCAAACUCGCGUAGGUUGCGAGCAAAAUGCUUUCCCGGUUUACUGCCGUAACAAACUAAGAAAUUUCACAACUAAUCAAGCAAGCUAUUUCCGAAAUACAUGAAGAAGGUGACGAAGUUCGGUUUGGAAGUUUUAACAGGUAAAGCUUUGUCUUUUUGACUUGAAUAGUUAUCGAUAAAACCGGUGAAAAAGUUUUUUGUUUACAAAUGCAAAUUAAGCUUAAGUCUUGCGUUACUUUAUUUAGUUGGCUUGUUCAUAAAUAAGCUUAAAACUAAAUUUAAUAAUCUUUUUUACAGAAUUAUUUUAAAUACAAACAGAAUUCACAACUCCUUUUGAAGAAACUUCCCCGCAAGAGGUAAACAAACGCCUUCAAAAGUUUUAUUUGUCGCUCAGAAAAAACGACGACCGCGGACGUUCGGUCAUCGCGCGCCAAAAUUGUAAACGUUGGCAACAGAAAAUGACUUGAAAAUCAUUAUUUUGUGCUCAAUUAUCUCACUGUUUUAGUAUAUACUAAAACAAUUAUUCACCUCAGUGUCGGUGGCUAGUAGUGGUAAUUUACCUCGCCGCUUCGCGGCCUCGGUAUCCAGUAUAUAUCUAAAUAUCCAAUACUAGCCACCUUUACUGAGGUGAAUAAUUGUUAUAUAUUUAUAUCUGACCAUGCAACCUUUGUUAUUUUGGCUGCUUUGGUGUUCCCAUUUUAUUAUUAUUAUUUUUUAGUUUAAAAGAGAAAACCGUUAUUUAGCAACCAUAUUGAAGUGAAAUAUUUAGUAACAGUAAUAGUUCAUCAGCCUACUCCAUAAAAUGGCUUUUCAGCCAACUUCAAAAUUGCAAUUUUUCUGCUUUACAAUAUGUGAAAUUUACAUUGUAUUGGGAAAAAAAUGAAAUAGGGAAAUGACGCUUCUUCACUUCAGCCUUAAGCUGCUUUCUACUAUAUUACCUGAAGAGUUUGCAAAGUCAUUCCAGGGGCGGACUGCUCAUUGCCGCUGACCGGCAGUGAAUCUAAAGGAAGGCAUGUCUAACUUUUUUCUGUUUCUGAUAUUACGAGAGUGCGUAUGGACCAUUUUCUUAAACCUGUUACAGAUAACGGGCUGGGCAAGUCUCUUAACAUGUGUUAAAUGAACUCGAACUUUUUAAGGCUUGUUAGAACACGCAACGCACGCGUUUUAUCACUGGUUAAAAAAUCUUGCGCUUAUUACGCUCGAAUGUUAAACUAGUGAUAAAACACUGCUGUUCGUGUUUUAAACAUUACUAAACACGGAACGCUUUCAGACUAGAAAGCAAUUGUUUUUCCUUUUCCUACAUUGAGAUACAUUACCUUAGAAUUAAACACCAAAAAACAUUCACCAACAUAUGACAAUCAACUUGAACGAUGUGGAAUAAGAGUGAUAAAAAUUUAUUUGAAACAGCUUGAAUACGAUUUUUUUGUGGCGUCUUCGCUCCAUGCCGUCGCCGUCGUGGUUGCUUAAUAUGCUCCUUAUAAGGAAAGAGACCGUGACUGAUAGGGAGAUAGUAGUUAGUAGAAUGGGUAUCCUACCGCAAGUUGACCAUAAUUGUAACGCAACUCUAAAUAAAGUAAAAAUCCCAGAUUAUGCAAAAGAUUACAAAAACGAAUAUCUUUUUAUAAGAGGGAUUAAUAUAAGGGGGAUAAUGAGAUAUUUAAAAAAACAUAAAGUUGAAAAAAUAAAAAGAUUAAUUGAAAGAUUUGAUAAAGCCCAGAAAUUAGGAUAUCUUAAAGAUAUUAGUGAUAAAGAUAUUUGGGGAUAUGAUGUUUAUAUUUCAUUUUUAACUUUUGGAUAGUUCAAUUGAUAUGGGGAUUAUUAUUAUAUUUAUAAUACGGAAUAUGAUAAAGAAAUAUUUGAAAAACUUGUAGAUGCUGAUUUUCCAGGUUAUAUAGAUUUUGUUGGAUGUAUAGAGUUAUUUCAUACUAAAUUUAAAUUACGUGAAAUAGAAAUAGAUUCGAGUAAAGUUAAUUGGCAUGAUAGUGAUGAUAGUGAUGAUAGUGAUUCUUCUUUUAAUGAUAUUUAAAGCCUUAUAAUAUUAAUAUUAUAAGACUUAAUUACUAGCCAUAUUUUUUUUAAAUGGAAGAUGAUCAACUUUUUUCAAUAGCUGAAAAAAAAAUCGUUAAAAUAUCACAAUGAUUAUCGUCGUAUAACGUACAGUCUUCUUGGAGUAAGUAUUAAGGAUAAUACCAUUGAAAGAGAAGGUAAAGACACAUGGUCUGUUGAAUGGAUUUUAAAUACAUAUCUUACAGUCAAACCAGGUCAAGCGUACCCCCCAAGAAUCCCUUAAUGAAUUUAAUAUUCAAAUGUUGAAUCCGUUGCUAGUUGUAGAUUUCAGAUUGAUCUCUGCAUUCUUGCAUGUGUAAUGAGCCGUGAAUUCACACGCGAGGCAGUUAUGAAAUUUCUACCAGCUCCAUUUUCCUGGAAUUGAUGUAAAUGUCUUCUAAGAAGCUUAAUCCAUUCAAAGAUUUCCAAUCUGACCAAAUACAGAGAAGUUCUCGUAAAAUAUUCACUGCUCAUUACGCAUGCAGAAAUACCGCUUUGAAUUUGACACCAGUUACGGGAACGACUAACGGAUUCAUUUUUCAAAUAAUGAAUUCAUUAAUAGAAUCUUGGGGGGUACGCUUGCCUUGGUUUGACUGUAAUUAUGUUAGAUUGUCUGUGAUAGUUUCACCAAAUAAUUCAGCGGCGAUGUACCAUGGGGUUUUGUCACGACUACUUUAUUUUAUUAGGGUUGGUAAAACUAAAGAUUUGAAAAAAAUUAAUGACUUAAUUGACAAUAUCAAUCUCUUUAUUAGUAUUAUCAUUGAGAUAAUUCAAUCUCUGGGCUUUUUCAAAUCUAUCUAUAAACUUUUUUAUCUUAUCAACUCUAUGGUUUUCAAAUACUCCCUUAUCCGCCUUAUUUAUAUUAUCUAAAAAAUACUUAAAACACUUAUCAAUACCCCUUAUAAAAAGAUAUUCGUUUUUGUAAUCUUUCGCAUAAUCUGGGAUUUUUACUUUAUUUAGAGUUGCGUUACAAUUAUGGUCAACUUGCGGUAGGAUACCCAUUCUACUAAGUACUGGAGAUCGGGUAUGCCAAAUGUGGAGAAUAUGGAAUCUACGCCUCCGACUGAGUUUAAUAAACUCUGGAGGGGCUAAACUGUAACGUCACUGAAAUUGGCAGAAGACUGCGAGAUUAAAACCGCAGUAUUUGAAGAGAGAGCAUCAUGCCGCUAGUACGCAAGCUCAGAAAGAAAAAACUUUAUAGGCGUUUGUUAUUUUGCGCUUUUCAGCCUGAUCAUUAUGAUAACAAGCUUCAAGGGUUUGUGACCCUUGCGCGAGCUCGUUUUUAUAAAGGGUACAUCUCCAGAAAGUCUAGUUCGCUGCUUUCCUUUAUUUUACUCUAUGAGAUCCCUUGACGCACACGAAUCCGUGCAGAAGAAGAAAAUGAAAUUGCUUGAAAUUGCAGGCAAUGAAAACAAAUAAUCAAACAGGAAUAGUUCAUUCUUCCUUUUGAGUUCGUAGCCAUCCUCACUCCGCAGCAACAUUGUCAAAUUUUCUAAUAGAUUCACUCGCCUCGGGCUCGUGCUCGUGGAUCCACAACACUUUGACAAUGUCAUGAUGCGAUGAUAUGAUCAAUAAGAGGACAGACGAUAAAGAAACUAGCGUCAAUGUGAUGAAAGGAACCAAUUUUAGUGCGUAAAACUAGAAAUACGUUUUCACAAAAAUCUCGCGAAGCUAACGGGGCCAGCAGUGAGAAUAAACAGUAAAAAGCCAAAGGUUAAAAAAAACGAUGAAAGAAAAAAAAAAUGGAAGUAGACACGUCGGGGUUGGAACCCAGUUGCACCCCAACUUCCUCCAGCGAAAAAGUGCGGCCUCUGACCACUGGGCCAUGCGACCACUGCACCGAUAACUCAUCAAAAUUAAUAGUGUUGAAAUAUUUUUCUCUGCCAUUCACACUGCUUGAACCUUAUGGAGCUGUAUUUAUCAUGAAUUCAAAGAUACAUUCGAGGAAAAGUAACUCAAACGAGUAUUUCAAAACCAUUUUGCAUUAUUUCCGUGUUUAUUCACUCUCGGGCUUUAAAUAGGCCGCUCGAUUAACGGAGUGGUCUUCUUCUUCGCUGUUCUCGCUGAAGUUCAGGUCACCGUUCUUUCGGUGUUAAACCUCCCACGGCAAGGACUUCCACUUGUCCAAUUGGGCACUGUUGUGUUUGCAGCCCGCUGUUAUUUGCCUCAGAAAUACUUUGCGUUUCGCUAGCGUACAAUAAACAGAGGAUGAAUAAAAAGUCGCUGGCCGUGUUGCCUGGAAACCCAAAAUGCACGAUGACGUGCAUUUGGCGUCUUUAUUAUUUGUUUAUGGCUUGUUGCUAGGCAACUGCGGAUACCAAACCGAUAGAAAGAUUUAUGACCAAAGCGAAAUCGCAGCUCGCUUGCGAUCCUCGCGUAAUCUGCUCGCUGUGCGGGCGACAAAAUUAUACACUCGCUCAGCGAGAAUUAUUAUUUAACCUACUAUUUCUCUACUUCAUCGUAUGUAGCAGAGAUCACUCAUCCAUUUGCAAUGGCAGAUCGAGGCAGCUAAAGAAUGUCUACAGAUAUAUUUGUCUCCCUUUCCCAUGUUAUUGCUUAACCUCGGUCUGUAUAUCUACCAGUGUGUGAAAGCCAGUAACCAAUCCUCAAUUACUCGUAUGCAGACAAUUAUCGCCACAGUGGGGCUGGUGCUGGGGAUCUUACAGGACGUGAAAAUUACCCACUUUGAGCCUGUUUAUGUACAGUAGAUAAAACUUUUGGAAACAAUAAAUUACAAAAAAUAUCAAAAUAUUCAAUGAUUUUCUAACUUUUUAAAAGUUAAAUCAUUAUUUUUUUUUUUUUACUAUAUCAGAAUGUCAGAAUUACGGAAGCCUUAACAGUUAUACCAGAAAGAUUACGUACUACAGUGGCCUUUCUUGUGACAAUGGAAUCGGACCUGGUUAGGGAUGCACCAUUAGAAAUGUGAAGGGGGGGGUAGGACUUUCUGGAAAGGCAUGUUAUUUUUUUCACAACCAGCAGGAGUGCAGGAUUUUUUUUUCAACCUUCAAACCCUUGCACGAUUUUUUUUUUCCAAAAUGACUAUGCCCUCUUUUGGUCUUGUUUUACUAGACUGUUUCAACCGCGCAAAUGUUUUUUGUUGUAGUGUUCCAACAGAACACGUUUGUUUUAAGUAUAUUUUUUUCAUACUAAUUGAGAUUUUCUAUUGAAAUUUGGCGUGUGAAAACCCUGUUCAGGGUUCGCAGCCAAUCAGAAUGGCGAAACGACUUUCACACACGUGAAAAAAAGCGUUUCGUCCAGUCACAGAUGUUUAGUACAUAAUGUAAUAGGACACCUAAACACGUGCAGUGUUAGACAUGGACUUUUUUCGCAUUGUAUGUCAGAUAAAUCUCUCUCGCUUUCUGGAUCUCACUCGCAAAGCCUUGCUCGUUCAAUUUCUGAUGCGAACCAACUCGUGCGUAAAUACCGUACGCCCGCGCUGCCCAUGAAGUAAUCUAUACGUUCAAACGUCCGAACUGAGUUCAGUGGCAGUUGAAACAGCUACACAAGCAGAUCAAACGGUGUUUUACCCAAAGUAAACAAAAAAUUCCAACCAACCAAAAAGAGUUAAUACAAAUAGAACAUAGCCUUUAAAAUAGUAAUUUGUGAAAUGUAUGACAUGAAUUUAGGAAGUUGGGGGAAGGGGAUUUCCUGUUACAGAUCACAGAUUUAUUUUUCAGACUGUGUAAUAUAUUGUCGCAGUCACAUUGGUUAUCCAAGCAGGAUAUUUUUUUCUGGUUUCGUUGCAAUGCAGGAUUUUUUUUUCUUAAAAUUUUGUUUUGCAGGAUUUUUUUUUUUUUGUUUUUGGACUCCCCCCCCCCCCUUCACAUUUCUAAUGGUGCAUCCCUUAGUUCCGUUUUGAGGGGUCCGCCGGUACAAGAAUGGCAACUUCAUGUCCACCUACAUUCAGAUGUAACACUGCUGCAACCGGCUGGUUGAAUGGUGGACACCCUACAGUAGCAGACGGUCAGGUCACCAGGACGGUGUGUUUUAACUGGGUAAAUUAUGGCUGCUGUGAAUAUUCAACAAACAUCAAAGUGAGAAAUUGUGGUUCAUAUUAUGUGUACUAUCUUAAUGGUACACCUGUUCGUUGCGAUCUCCGUUAUUGUGGCACUAACUGA